CGAAAAUGACCUUUGAGCGUCUCACUCCAUCAAUGACCUUGUACGUGAUGUUUAAUUUCUGCCUUGAUUCUGAUACUAUUGUACACUUGACACAGGAUGGAUUUCAGACGGCGCUGGUUUUGGUGACCGUAGAUUGUAUCUGCGUUUUCGUGGUUCCAUGACAGAUAAUUGCAAGCACGUUCUAAAAGUGAAGACAAGCAUCCAGUUGGGAAUACUCUCGCCUGAACAUUGGCAUUGCAGUCACUGUUAUACAACAGAGAGUGUUUGGGCUUGUCUGUCGUGUAGUAACUUCGCGUGUGGUCGUUAUAUAUCUGAACAUGCCCUUCAGCACUUUAAACAGACAAAUCACCCCUUAUGCAUAGAAGUAAACGAAAAAUUCGUUUAUUGUUACAUCUGUGACGAUUUCGUUCUUAAUGAUAAUGCACCUGGCGAUAUCAAACUUCUCCGGAUGGCUCUAGACGCAGUUACCAACCAGGACUUCAGUGGGCUUUUGAAAAAAAAGAGAGGCAGGCGGAUUCUCAGACACCGUGGUCACGACGUCGAAAAAAACCAUUUACGUUUAAUGAAGGCUGACGACAUACAGACGGCAGUUGUUCGGCACAGAAUAUCUCGACUCUCUUGGGCAUUUCAUUUGUGGUGGUCACGGUAUGCUGAAUCAAAGCUUGUUCCUGUUGCCCCCAAGAAAACGAUCAAAAACAAAUGCAUACCACUGGCAUUGACUCCUUCCUUCACAGGUCUGCGUAAUUUGGGGAAUACGUGUUACAUGAACUCAAUACUACAAGUUUUACGUCACACCGCCCCGUUUGCUAAUUAUGUGAUGAAUCAUACGUUUGGUGAAAUUACUUAUCAGUCAAGAAAGCGUCAUAUUUAUCCCGUAGACGUGCUUACUGAGGACCAAAUAUUUCCUAUCAAACGCCCAGCAACUUAUUCAACGUUUUCAAAAGACCAAGCUCCCACAACAUCUCAGAACUGUGGAAGUUUAUGGAACUCUUCAGUGACCAAAGUUGUGUCAUGUUGCGCUCCAAAUAGUGAAUAUAUUUCUCUUCGUGAUUGCAAGACGAAUUUAGGUGCUCCAAGGAUAAAUAGACUUCUUUCAUCCAGAUCUUCUGGAGGAUUGAACGGUGGUCAGUGCUUGAAAUCCCCCCACGAGCGUGGUCGACAACCACUUCCGACAUCAUUAAUUGACCCACAAACCUCACCAGCUCCAUCUCCUUCACUUUAUGAAGAAGUACGUAAUUUAUUUAAGUUGUUGUGGUCAGGUCAAAAAUCUAUCGUCAGUCCGACUAAUCUCUUAAAUACAGUUUGGUCAACUCUACCUAACUUUAAAGGAUAUAAACAACAAGAUGCGCAAGAGUUUCUAAGUCUAUUACUUGAUCGCCUGCAGACAGAGGUACAGGGUAUUCCCAUGGCUGUACCAAACAACAGUUGUGAUUUUAUCAAUCGUGCUUUUCGUGGAUAUUGUGUUAGCCAUGUGCGAUGCUCUACUUGUCAAGUAAUUGCAUGUACUGAAGAACCUAUAUAUGAACUCAGUCUUUCAUUACCUACUGAAUGUUAUUCUGAUGAAUCUUGUAAAUGUGAUGUAGUCGAUUUACUUCGACAAUUUGUUAGUCCGUCUGCCAUUGAUGGUGCCAGCUAUGCAUGUGUAAAAUGCAAUCAGUGUUAUGCUGAAUUAAUUAAAAAAAGGAUAGAAUCCACAAGAUCAACGUUUAAUGAGUAUAUUUAUGAUCCAAGUGAUCAACCUUAUCCCGUGGAUAAAAUGGUAUCCAUCGUAUUGUCCAGACUGGCUUCUCCUCCCCAUAGUCCUCGAUCUUCUCAUCCUGACUUCAGCACAUCAUGCGAUUUGACCGAAACGUCUUCUAUUUCAGAGAGCAUGUUGUCGAAUGCAUCUAGUUUAACUUGUAUUGAAGAACAAUGCAUUAAUCCAUCAGUUGAAAGAUCAAGUCGUUUUCUUACUCCGCAGUCAUCCGCUGUCAACUCACCGAAAAGACUCGCACUUCCUACCACAAAGAACUCAUUUUUGACUCAUGCAACUCAAACAAUUCGCCUUUCUAAACUCCCACGUGUUUUACGGUUACACAUUAAACGCUUUCGAUGGGUUGGAAGACAAAGGGAAAAAUUAACAUGUCACGUAUCAUUUCCACUUAUUUUAAAUAUGGCUGAAUUUAUGCUAAGUGAUGCUAACAGAGAGGAAUGUGGCCAGUCUCACUUACACGACAAAUUACACCGAACAAUUUCCCAACGCAUACAAGAACAAAUGGGCUCCACUGAAAGUAUACAAGGUCAUAGUUCAUCUUCUUCCAGUUUUACUAAAGAGGAGUACCAGAAAUCCUCACCUCAGUAUUUGUAUCACUUAACUGGUGUUGUUGUACAUCAUGGGCGAGGAUUUCAAUCCGGUCACUACACUGCCUAUUGUUUGAAUGAUGAACCUGAGUGUUGGUUACAUUGCAAUGAUGCCAAUGUGUCGUUAUGUGACUUCUCAGAAGUAGCUGCAGCACAAGCCUACCUUCUUUUCUAUUCAGAACUUAUGCCUCGGACUCCUCUUCCUAAUUGGUAUAAAAAACAUACAGUUUCCGAAAGUUUAUCAAACACUAUUCCCUGUUCUACUUCACAACCAGAUAUACCAAAUAUUCAUUCUGUAUAUUCAUCAUCCUCUGACAAUUAUGAAAAAGCAUCAAAGAUGUGUUCACCAGGUUGUUGAACGUUUGUUUACCUGAUGACAGGUAGUAUGCAUUUAUAAAUUACUUGUCUACCGCUCAGGUAUUUAUUGUAAAUUCGCCCUCUUUCAGUUUUCUAUGUUCAGAAUCCUUUGUAUGCAAACAUCAGCAUACAUGUGUAUUUGUCUAGUCCAGUUUCCAGAAUUGCAUUUGCUUCUUUUUUUCAAUUGUUUUAAUUUCAAUGUAAAUUACUGUUUGCACCUAUCAAAACGACAAUAUGUUUCCUUCUAUUUUUUUCAUGACAUAUACGUAUACUAUUAGUAUUAUUUCAAUUUACCAGUUGUACAAAACGCAUCAAGUUGGCGAAAAUUCUAUUCUCUGAUUUUAUUGUUUAUAAGUUGGCUUUUAAUAUUCAGUCAAACUUCAAUUUGUUCUCUGUGCAAUAUUUACUGAAAAUGGUCGCAUUAUUAAUUAUAAUUUGAACAGUGUUCUAACUCAUGAUAUUUAUUAGUGAUAAUGACCAGUGUGUUUUUUUUAUGAAUCAUAACACACGAUAACCACACAAUUCUCGUUUAUUUCAUUUUCAUAUUACAAUUAUCAUUAUUAUUAUUAUUAUCAGCUUUUGUUGCAUUUGUUACUAUUAUUUUUUUAAAAAUUGAUUGAUGUUGUUAUUUUCCCUACUGUGUUUCCUUCCGUGUUUAGGUCACGUACAUUCCUUUUUCUUUUCUUUUUUUCCUUCCCUGUUUUAACUGCCUACGUCUUUUUUUCUUCUUCAAUGAAAUUGUUUGUUUUCAUUGUUUAUGUAAUGAUGUGUGUGCAUUGACAACCUGUUGUGUUUGACUUUCAUCGAAUCAAUAAUUUCAAUAAAAUUCCCGUGUAUGACCUAAAAACGUUUUUAGUUCUUUUUAUAGGCUAGACGUAUGCAAAAAGAGUCUGAUUAUCGGAUGGAUGGGUGGAUGGAUCAGGCUCUUUCUUUAAACUAACUUUAUAAAAUGGUCUAGUCUGAUAUUGUUCAUCAAUAGGUCAUCAUCAUCAUCAUCAAUGGUGGUGGUAUCCUAUCUAUCCAACUUUAACAUUCCUUCUUAUAUUGGAAUUUAUUGACUAGAUACUUUUGGGUGCAGUUUGGU